AUGACAUUUGCCCUGUUUAUCACAUUUUCAUCGCUGUCACCCAUAUUGGGCACAAGUCUUAUGUUUAUUAUGCGACCCGGAGUGCAAACUGCCGAAGAAUUGGCCGAUUGGCAAAGCAAUACUAACCGACCAUUUAACCCAUACGCAGCUAUGAUUAAACAGGGCAUGGUCAGUAAGGAGGAUACCUUGUACGAUUUUAUAAUUAAUCUGUUCCCGAACAAUAUUGUGGGCGCGAUGUUUAUGCAAACGUACACCGGGUUAGAAGCAAAAGACCCAAACAAUAUAACGCUUGGGUACAAACCGGUGAUCAAAAAUCAAUUCACGGUCAAUUUUAUGGGCCUAUGCGUUUUUGCCACAAUGUUGGGCGUGGCUAUUUUGUGCCUGGGCGAUCAGUUUCGUAUACCCGAUCGGCUAAUCUCGCAACUCGUGUGGUUCAGCAUAACCACGAUGAUUGGAUUUUCUAUCCUGUUGUUUAUCAUACACUCUGGGGUUUAUUUAAUUUUUGUACGUAAAAACCCUGUUAAAUUUUUCAUCGACCUAAUGCCUGUUAUUAUAGUGGCUUUUGGUACUGAUUCGAGCGCAGUAACACUUCCGGUGACAAUAAAAACAAUGGAGGAUAACGUUAAACUACCCGAGAGAGUGACCAGGUUUGUAUUACCACUGGGAGUCAAUGUGCACAUGAAUGGUAUGGCUAUGUAUUACCCCAUGGUUGUGCUGUUUGUCGCCCAAAUGCACCUUGUUGACGUUGGCGUUCAACACAUGAUUGUUCUUAUAUUUAUGACCCUGGUAAUGUCUGUGGCCAUACCGGCCAUUGGUUCCGGCGGUGCUGUUAUUAUAAUAUUUGCGUCAUUUUGUGCGGCACUGGGUAUUGAGAAUCCGUUAGAUGUGCUCGUUUAUGUGUCUGUGGGUGAUUUGCUCGUGUACGUUUAA